CCUGGUACAAAUGUCUUUGUUCUCUGCUUUGCAGUCGAUCUCCGGGCUUCAUUUGAUAACAUAGAGAAAGUAAGCCCGUAAACAUUAAUUUAUUGGCUAAUUUACACAAAGAAGACGGCAUUUGGUCCUAUGAAAUCCAGUUUUAUGAUUUGUGUCUGCUAGUAUAGCAAGAACAUACUAAGGAAAGUAUACACUCCUUAUUACAGCUAUAGGUCGAUUUUACACUUAUAGGAUGAUCUUUCCGUUCUCUUGAAUCUCAGGGAGUUUAUUAGAAGUUAAACAUAAUGAAAACUGUCGCUUAUAACUUAAGAAACGUUUUAAAUCGUUAUUAUUCCUAAGCUAUUAACAUUCCGAGCUUACGGUCUAAAAACUCCUACCAUAUAAAUGAUUUAUCUCUGGAUAAACCACUUGAUUUCUUGUAUGUUUUGCUACCAGAUUAAACUUGCUGAUCAUUUUUUUGGUAUUUAUUUUAGUGGAGGAAUGA